UUAGCGUUGAUUAUACUUUAAUCAGUACGAAAGUUAAUUAAACAGAAGAGUGUUGUAAUCGAAAUAAAUUCGCGUCAAAUCGGACGCUAUGAUAAUUAAACUUCUUCUACUGGGCCUCGUAGGUCUAUCCUACGCCAGGCCACAGUUGGAAUGUCCUAGCGACGGCCAACAGUAUCUGAUCCCCCACGAAACCGAAUGCAGCCAGUACUACGUGUGCGAAAAUGGACGGCGUGUUGCGUGGUCGAAAUGUCCGAAACAAACGUUCUUUUCGUCGGAAAAUCAGAACUGCGGUGAUUUCCUUGCUUCGAACUGUAACCCCAGAAGAGGCCGAGAUGGGGAAGAUGGCGAAGAUGGCAAGAAUGGUGAAAAUGGUGGUGGUCACGCCGGUCUUGGUGGGGCUAAAGGCCUAUCAGGUGGCGUAAAUGGUGGUAACGGCGGCAACGGCGGAAAUGGAGGCAAUGGAGGUGAUGGCUCUGGAGCCGGAAGUGGUGGAAAUGGUGGUGGUGGCGGUAACGGAGGAAAUGGCUCCGGUGCUGGCAACGGUGGUAAUGGAGGAAGCGGCGGUAAUGGUGGAAAUGGUGGAGAAAGCUCUGGUGCCGGAAAUGGAGGCAACGGAGGAAACGGCGGAAAUGGUGGAAAUGGUGGAGGAAACUCUGGUGCCGGAAAUGGAGGCAACGGAGGAAACGGUGGAAAUGGAGGCAACGGAGGAAAUGGCGGAGGAGGAGGUAACGGUGGCAAUGGAGGAGGUGGUGGAAAUGGAGGAGGUGGUGGAAAUGGAGGAAAUGGUGGAAACGGAGGCAAUGGCGGAAAUGGAGGCAACGGUGGAGGUGGCGGCAAUGGCGGCAACGGUGGAGGUGGUGGUGAUGGUGGCAACGACAAUGGAGGCAAUGGAGGAGGUGAUGGAAAUGAAAGUGAAGGGGACGAUGAAAAUGGAGGUGAAGGUGGUAGCGGUGGUGGUAAUGAAUCAGGCACUUACCCAAACGGCUGCCCGAAAGAUUACACUAUAGAGAAACUUCUCCCACAUCCGGACUGUGAUAAAUUUUACCAAUGUGUUCAUGGAGAUUAUCAAGAAAUGCCAUGCGCCCUUGGUACUCAGUUCAGCUACGCUUUGCAGAACUGCACCUGGCCAUACCUGUCCGAUUGUGGUGACAAUGGAACCAAUGGUGGCGGCGGAAAUGGUGGCGGCGGAAAUGGUGGCGGUGGAAAUGGAGGCGGAAACAAUAACGAUUUCGAAACAUACCCCAACGGCUGUCCCAAAAACUACACAAUCGAAAAGCUGAUCCCUCACGCUGAUUGCGACAAGUUUUACCAGUGUGUACACGGUGACUACUUAGUAAUGCCAUGCGCUCCUGGUACACAGUUCAGCAACAAAUUACAGAAAUGCACUUGGCCAUACCUAUCUGAUUGCGGAGGCGACGGUGGAAAUGGAGGCGGUGGAAAUGGAGGCGGCGGUAAUGGAGGCGGCGGAAAUGGAGGCGGCGGAAAUGGAGGCGGCGGAAAUGGUGGCGGCGGAGGUGGAGGUGGUGGUAAUGGAGGCGGUGGAAAUGGAGGCGGUGGAAAUGGUGGCGGAAACAAUACCGAUUAUGAAACGUACCCAAACGGCUGUCCCAAAGACUUCUCAAUUGAAAAGCUGUUCCCUCACGCCAAUUGCGACAAAUUUUACCAGUGCGUACAUGGAGGUUACCAAGUAAUGCCAUGCGCUCCUGGCACUCAGUUCAGCUACAAAUUGCAGAAAUGCACUUGGCCAAACCAAUCUGAUUGUGGUGAAGACAGCGGAAACGGUGGUGGUGGAAAUGGAGGCGGUGACGGCGGAAAUGGAGGCGGUGGUGGCGGAAAUGGAGGCGGUGGUGGCGGAAAUGGAGGCGGUGGUGGCGGAAAUGGAGGCGGUGGUGGCGGAAAUGGAGGCGGCAAUGGAAAUGGAAAUGGUACCGACUAUGAAACAUACCCCAACGGUUGUCCUAAAGAUUACAGCAUAGAAAAACUAUUUCCUCAUCCUGACUGCGACAAAUUCUACCAGUGUGUCCACGGUGGCUACCAAGUAAUGCCAUGCGCACCUGGUACUCAAUUCAGCUACAAGCUGCAGAAAUGUACAUGGCCACAUCUUUCUGACUGCGGUGAAGGAGAUGGUGGAAACGGAGGCGGAGGCGGAGAUGGAGGAGAUGGUGGAAACGGAGGCGGAGGCGGAGGUGGAGGAGAUGGUGGAAACGGAGGCGGAGGUGGAGAUGGUGGAAAUGGAGGUGACGGCGGUAACGGAGGUGACGGCGGUAAUGGUGGAGAUGGCGGCAAUGGUGGAGAUGGUGGAAACGGAGGCGACGGUGGAAAUGGUGGAGAUGGCGGCAAUGGUGGAGAUGGUGGAAACGGAGGCGACGGUGGAAAUGGAGGUGGAGGUGACGGCGGUAAUGGUGGAGAUGGUGGAAACGGAGGUGACGGCGGCAAUGGUGGAGAUGGUGGAAACGGAGGUGACGGCGGAAAUGGUGGAGAUGGCGGCAAUGGAGGUGGAGGUGACGGCGGUAACGGAGGUGACGGCGGCAAUGGUGGAGAUGGUGGAAACGGAGGUGACGGCGGCAAUGGUGGAGAUGGCGGAAAUGGAGGUGGAGGUGAUGGCGGUAAUGGUGGAGAUGGUGGAAACGGAGGUGACGGUGGAAAUGGAGGUGGUGGCGGCAAUGGUGGAGAUGGUGGAAACGGAGGUGACGGCGGCAAUGGCGGAGAUGGCGGAAAUGGAGGUGGAGGUGACGGCGGUAAUGGUGGAGAUGGUGGAAACGGAGGUGAUGGCGGAAAUGGUGGAGAUGGCGGCAAUGGAGGUGGAGGAGACGGCGGUAACGGAGGUGACGGCGGUAAUGGUGGAGAUGGUGGAAACGGAGGUGACGGUGGAAAUGGUGGAGAUGGUGGAAACGGAGGCGAUGGUGGGAAUGGAGGUGGAGGUGACGGCGGUAAUGGUGGAGAUGGUGGCAACGGCGGGGAUGGUGGAAACGGUGGUGACGGCGGUAAUGGUGGUGAUGGCGGUAAUGGUGGUGAUGGCGGUAACGGAGGUGACGGCGGCAAUGGUGGAGAUGGUGGAAACGGUGGUGAUGGAGGCAAUGGUGGUGGCGGCAAUGAAGCAAACAGAUGCCAAGAGGACUGCCAUGUUCCAUUCUGGAGGCACGAAACCGACUGUGACAAAUUCUGGCGAUGCGACAAUAAUGAAGUUGUUCUUGGAGUUUGUUCUGAAGGCCUUAGGUUUAAUGAGGAAAAGCAGACCUGUGACUUCGCCUGCAACGUUGAUUGCCAAAGGGCUGAAAUUCAGUCCACUGCUGGCAUUGAUGGCUUAAAGGUUUUCCUUCCAUGGAACAAAGUUGACUCCCUUCUAGAAAUCGCUAAAAAUACCAAGAAAAUAAACAAUCGCUCAUUUUACGGAUACUAAAACAUAUUUAAAACGAAUUUGUCCAAAUCAUUCAAAAUGAUUGUAUAGAAAAAAUUGUAAUUUUUUUAUUAAAUUGUUAACAUGAA